AUGGAGCAUAAUAAAAGAUCAAAUAGAUUAGAUCCAGAAGAAUUUAUUGAUUCUUUUCACUCUUAUCUUGUAGCUAUAGAAAUUGAUGUAGCAGCUGGACAUGCUCACAGAAUUCGAGCACAUAGCCAGGCCAGAAAUAUUGUUAUUCCUGCUUAUACAGUAUUUGACAAAGACUGGUCUUUUGCUGAUAGGUACCCAACUGAUCGCAUUGUAAAUCUAUCUAAUGCCAAUGUUACUGCAGAAAAACAGCGAAUGCUCUUUGGUUCAACAGUUCAAGGCAGUGAUCCUGUAGGUCAAUUUUAUUCUAAGUUACGUAAACUUGCUAGACUUGCUGGUAUUGAUGAACAACAAAUUCGAUUACAAUUUAUUCAUAGUAUCUCUCCUGAUAAUCAAUUAGAAAUUCGACGCAUUAGAAUUAACAGACCUGUAUCUGAAUUGCUUACAGAACUCGAAGAAAUUGAAAGAUAUAAGACAGAGCAAUUAUCUAGAGCAUAUUUAUAUUCAGGCACAGAUAAAUCUUAUAAAAAAGACAAUAACUCUUCAGAUUUGGGUAUGACCAAAACUGAGAUUGAAAACUUGAUAAAAUCUAUGAUGCCAUCUAUCCAAGAAAUGAAAACUCAGCACUUUGGUCUUAAAGUUACAGAUAAUGAUCCUGUAGAAGAUAUGUGUAAACAAUUAGAAAACCUCCAAAUCAAUCUAACUAAAAUGAAAAAAGCUAUAAAAAAGAAUUCUAGCAAGCCUAAAUCUUCUAAUCACAAAACCAAAACCAAAUCUAGAACCAAAAAAUCAAGUCAAUCAAAACGUGUUAAUGCUCAUAUAAUUUCAGAUGAAUCAUCUUCAGACUCUAGUGAUAGCGAAAAUAGUACAAUAUCUAGUGAAAAUGAACUUGAAACCAAUACCUUGGCAUGUUCAUGGAAUGAAUCAGAAUCAGAUUUCUCUAGAACCAGUGAGUCUAGUAAUUCAGAAAAUGAUUCAGAAGAAUACGAAAUCAAUACCAUAAAAAAAAAAAUAACUUUUUCUGAUAGCAAGAGAUCAAAGAAGUACAAAAGUGCCAGGUCAGAACCUGAAAGGUCAUUGCGAAGCAAUAAAACUUCUACUAAAAAAUCUAGUAAUGCCUCUAAUAAAAAGGAUAGUAAAGUUAGACCUGAAAGGUCAUUGCUUCGCAAUACUAGGUCACUUAAAAUUCCUACAGAUAAUAUUAGCCUAAAUGCAUUUUUCACUAUUUUACGAUCAAUGGUUAAUUCAUUUACUCAUACACAACCUAAAGAAGUCUCAAUUAAUAGUUAUAAUAUGAUUAAUGCCAAAUUCAUUGCAUUAAAAGAUCCUGUUUUAAAUCAUUUUACUUUGAAUUUCUCUAACAAGGAAUGA